ACUACACCCCCCACAAUACAUUGCGCUUUCAACAUGGCGUCUAACAUUGCCGCUUGACUUCUGUCAACAAGACCAAAACACAGCUAAAGGUAAAUAGGACAGCGUAGUGAGGUUGACUGAUAAUAUUACAGGCAGGAGGAUGAAACCGUUGUUGGCAGUAUUAAAACGAAUCCGCAAACCAACUGUUAACGCCAGUCACCAGCGAUGUCUGAGCUCCUGUGCCAGCAGCGGCCUGUUAACGUUACCUAUCCGAGAUGAGGCUCUCUUCGUCGGGUCAAGCCGGGAGCUUGUGCAGAGACUCCGCUCACAGGUGGAAGUGAGGACGGGCUUCCUCACUGAGGAGGAGGAGGGGGCUUUUCUGGGAGAGCUGGAGCCAGGCCUGAAGAAGAAACGCUACGAAUUCGACCAUUGGGACGAUGCUAUUCACGGGUUCAGAGAGACUGAGCGUGUGAGGUGGGGGCCAAAGUGUGAAGAGGUCUUGAAUCGUGUCCGAUCAGUAGCGUUUCCUGAGGGUAGUCCACUCCUCGGGCCUGUGCACAUUCUAGAUCUGGACAAGACUGGGUACAUCAAGCCUCACAUUGACAGUGUCAAGUUCUGUGGUAGCACUAUUGCUGGGUUGAGUCUCCUGUCAGACAGUAUCAUGCGCUUGGUGAAGGAGGAUGCCACCAACGAAUGGCUGGACUUGCUGCUGCCCCGGCGCUCCCUCUACAUACUGAGGGACCAGGCCAGAUUUAACUUCACUCACCAGAUCCUGAAAGACGACGAGUCUGUGUUCAAUGGACAGAGAGUGCCUCGGCUGCGUCGUAUCUCUGUCAUCUGUCGGAACCUUCCAACGUAAAAUCCACUUCCACUGGAUAUGGACAGAAGUUUUUCUUUGGUUCAUAUAUUGGUAUUCUAUACAUAAAUGGUGAAGUGUCCAGGCAAUUAUUUAGCAGUUGAGACAAUCUCCAUACUGUGCUAUUGAGAAAUAUUUAUUGGGUGAAAUUGCACCGGAAACUGAAGAGUACGGAACUGAACCAGCGAUGGCUGAUUUAAAUAAACAGCAGCUUUCUACACAAUAUUCCAAAACAACUGUACCGUCUUGGCUGUAGUUUGAACAUCAUUUCAAUAACUGGUCUCUUCUGAAAGGAAGUUGGCUUUAAAUGUAUACAAUAUCUGCCUAUUUAUACGUUUGUUGGUUCAACAUUGAAAGGGAGGGAGGGUCCUUUGAUUCUGAAUCAUGUUUUUAUGUAUUAUCAAAUCACCACUUUGGUGUGUUCCUCUACUUCUGUAUAAUACAGAGACCCUUGUGAAUAAUUUCCAAAUAAAAUGACAGAACUUGGAUUA